AUGCGUCUUCUGGCAGCUCUCUUGUUGGCUACGGUUGCUUCGGCGGCGAUGUUCGACUUGGAACAGUUGAAGGAGUUCGGCGAGGGAUUGGAGGAUCUCUUCGACAAGGACAAGUUCGAGAGUCUGCUCAGUGGGGGAAAAGUCAAGGAUUUGAUCAACAACUUGAAGAACUCCACUCAGAACACCAAGAAUACGCUUCACUUGGCAUCGUCGUUGCAUGGGAAGAUUCAUCCAUCGCACACCGAGGAUUUGAGCCAUUUCUUCAAGUAUAUCAUCCAGUAAGUUGCUGGUGUUAAGCCUGUCAGAAGAGGUCCGACAAGUGUAUCAAAAAACACUUAAUGCUAAUUUUAGAUUCGGCAAGGAAUACGACAGCAACUCCACGGUCUCCGACCGCUUCACGAAGUUCCAAAACUCGUUGAAACGUGUUGCCCAACGCCAGCAGGAGAAUCCACUGGCUGAAUAUGGUGUAACUAAAUUCUCGGACUUAACCGUCGAAGAAUUCAGAGCUAACUUUACGGGUAUUAAAAAUGUCAGCGACAUCCAGGCGCUCCAUGAAGAUGCCACUCCAGCAACUCCCAUCCGCUCAAAACGCUCUGUUAGUCCAGCUUCAUUUGACUGGCGCUCCAAGAAUGGUGUAACUCCGGUAAAGGAUCAGAAGCAAUGCGGAUGCUGUUAUGCUUUCGCUGCUGUUGGCGCAAUUGAAAGUCAAUACAAGAUCAAGAACAAGAAAGACAUUGAUCUUAGCGAACAACAAGCCAUCUCUUGCACGUACGAGCAGUCCGCAUACGAUAAUAAUGGCGGGUGUGACGGUGGAUCAUCUCCAGGUGUUCUUCGUUAUGCCAUCGAUAAGGGUCUUACCACAGAAGCCAACUGGAAAUACACUUCUGGAGAUAAUCUUCAAGUGCCCUCUUGCCAAUCCAAACCUGUGGCCUUCAAGAUUUCAAAGCAGCAACAACUCCCCCAGGACAAUGAAGACAACACCGCCAAGGUCGUUGCUACCGUUGGCCCUGUUGUUACCUGUAAGAGAUGUGUUCUUGUUAGCGAAACAAACUGUAUAUUUAGAUGUUGACGCCGAUCAAAUGAUGGAUUACAAGAGCGGAAUCCUUGAUGCUCCCAAGCCCUCCGGCGGUUGGCAAAUCAAUCACGGCGUUUUGAUUGUUGGCUAUGGUUCUGCGAACGGCGUCGACUAUUGGGUUAUCAAGAACUCUUGGGGAACCGGCUGGGGAGAGUCCGGCUUUGUCAGAAUUCGCCGCGGCAAGAACAGCUUGCAGGUGGCCGAUUAUAACUACGCUGUCUAUGCCUAA